CUCAAGUACGGCCGCCCCGACGCCGGAUUCCUCCGCUGGCGGUGGCGCCCCGACGCCUGCGAUCUCGCGCCCUUCAAUCCGGCGCAGUUCCUGGAGCUCAUGAGGAAUAAGGCGUUCGCCUUCGUCGGUGAUAACAUCGCCAGGAACCAUGUUCAGUCGCUCAUCUGCCUCCUCUCUAAGCUAGAGUAUCCAAUCGACGUUUCACCCGGCCGAGACGAACACUUCAAGAGAUGGAAAUACAUGUCCUACAACUUCACAAUGGCCUUUUUCUGGACAUCCCAUCUGGUAAAAUCCGAAGAAUCGACAAAAACAGGCAUCUUCAAUGUAUACUUGGAUGAGUUUGACGAAGCAUGGACUUCCCAAAUGGCUGGAUUCGACUACAUGAUGAUCUCGGCCGGGCAAUGGUUUCUCCGCCCUCUGCUUUUCCACGAACACGGCCGAGUCAUCGGCUGCCACGACUGCUUCCUCAACAACGUCACCGAGCUCGGAAUCUACCACGGCUACAGAAGGGCGUUCAGAACCGCCUUCAAGGCCAUUCUGAGCUCAGAGAGCUACAGGGGCAUCACCUACAUGAGAACCUUUGCCCCACCACACUUUGAAAAUGGGCUGUGGAAUGAGGGUGGAAACUGUUUGAGAACAGAGCCAUUCAAGAGCAAAGAGUCGCCAUUAGAGGGUCAGAAUUUGGAGCUCUAUAUGACCCAAAUGGAGGAGUUUAGGAGAGCUGAGAGGGAAGGGAGGAAAAAGGGGUUUAAAUUCAGGUUGCUUGAUACAACACAGGCCAUGUGGCUCAGACCAGAUGGGCACCCAAGCAAAUAUGGGCAUUGGCCACAGGAGAAUGUGAGUUUGUACAAUGAUUGUGUUCAUUGGUGCCUGCCUGGCCCCAUUGACAUAUGGAGUGAUUUCUUGCUUCACAUGCUCAAAAUGGAAGGCAUCACAUCAGCUCAGGAGAGGGCUCAGUUUGCUCAUCAAACAGAGUUGAAUCAGAGAUGAGUUUUGUUAUACUUAUAUAGUACUGCAUUUUUUCUUUUUUUUUUUUGGUCUUGUUUGUUGUGGUUUUGAUUCUUUAUAUUUAUUAUUGUUACAUUCACACCUCUUCAUCUGUAUUACUCUUACUGAGAGAAUGAAUGUCAAUAAACAACACAUUCAACACAAGUUUGCAUCAUAUUCAUAUUUUGUA